AUGCUCAAGAAGAGCAGUGAUGGAGAGAGCACGGAUCAGGAGUCUCAGACCCACGUGCGCCAAUUGAGGCGUGUGCCCUCAGAUGAGGAAGUACCACAGCUGCCGCAGCUAGCGGAUAUGGGCCCAAUUCCCAACAGAACACCAGCAACUGGGAAGGGGCAGUCAAAAACCAAGUCAGACCGUGGUCAGACGACAACCAAACGACCCACCACCAAUUCUGGCAUAACGUCCAAGACUACCACUCGGCCCCCAACCACUACCAGUCGCAGCACGACUACUGCCCCAACAACAACAAAGGGCACGAAAGCACCUGCUACAAAACCGCAGGUGGAGGACCCCCCCCCCCCAAUCCCUGCCCCUACAUCCCCAGUCCAAACUAACCCUCUGGAGCAGCCCGGCCCUAGUGGAAUCCAAGCUGCCGGCGGGCCGGUCCCAGUCAGUGCUGAGCCUAGCCCUGCAACUAUUGGUUUGGACGGUAAUAGCACUGCUACUCCAGAAGUGAACACUAUGGGGGCAAACCACACCACGCCGCCAGCUCCAAAUGCCGCAGGACACGGAGGGCGGGGCGCGGCUCGCCCCACCACAACGCCGCCCGAUGAUAACACGGGCCAUGUCGGUGCCUCCAAUCGGUCAUCGUACCACGCCCCCCCCCAAACCCCACCGGACAGGAGGACGAGGACACGUCCACCAAGGAGACCACUCGAUCACUACUAA